UAGAACACGAUUAUAGUAGGCCUGGGCAACAAACUCAAUUCCAAGCUAUACGAAAAUGAUCUAUGUGGAUAAUUGUUGCUGUUGCAUGGACCUCAAGUGCGGCUGCAUCUUGAUAGCCAUCAUUGAAGUGCUCAUACGGGGAAUAGAUCGCUUUUUUGUGGAGUAUGAUACCCUACUGGGCUAUGCCACUCUCAUUCUGAGUGGCGUCUAUGUCAUAAGCUGCGUCUUUCUUCUGCUCGGGGCCAUGAUGCAACUACGUAUAUUUCUACUGCCCUAUCUCUGGAUAGGCAUUAUACGGCUGGUCGCUUUGAUCGGCGAGUUCAUCUUCUACUAUCUAUACACUGAUGACAUCGUCUAUGAGUAUUUAUAUUUCGAUGUCUUCCAAGCGGUUUUAGGCGUAUACUUCUGGCUGGUGGUCUACUCUUUCUAUGAUGUAUUGAGAAAAACAUAGGGCCUGUUGCUCUGUUACUUUUUAUUAAACUAAAAAAAUAAACGCUCUCUCAUUUU